UUCUUAACGCACCCUUCACUCAUUCAUUCCUGCCCUUCUUACCCCCUCCCCCCACACCGGCACCCUUUACCCACUUAAAAACCCUUCACCCUUCGUCUUCCCGUACCCAGAAGCGGCCGAGGAGAGUGACGACGCGGAGGAGGUGAGCGAUGGGCGGGUGGCGGUGGUGACGAUCAAAGGACAGCGGCGAACACUCUACGCCCCGAGGAACCCUGUCAGCUACGUGCCCUCGCCGCCCCGCUCAAGACUGACGCUCGACUGGGUCUACGGGUACCGAGGCAGCGACACCCGGCGGAACCUGUGGGUGCUGCCGUCGGGGGAGCUGCUGUACUACGUGGCCGCCGUGGCUAUCAUUAUGGACCGCGAGGACGAUGUUCAGCGCCACUACACCGAGCACACGGAGGACAUCCAGUGCAUGGCCCUCCACCCGUCACGUGACCUUGUGGCGUCUGGUCAGCGUGCCUCCAGGGGCCGCCGCGCCACCGCCCACGUGAGGGUGUGGCACGCGCGCUCCCUCACGACCCUACACGUGCUGGGCCGCAAGGAGCUGGGUGCGGGCAUCCUGGCGGUGGCUUUCUCGCUGAGGAACAACGGGGACUUCCUACUGGCGGUGGACGCGGACAAGGAGCAUCUUCUAUCAGUGUGGACGUGGAAUAACGAUAAGGUGUUCGGUAAAGUGGCGACCCAUCAGGACCACGUGUACGGUGCCGCCUUCCACCCCCUCGACAACAACCUGAUCAUCACUUACGGCAAGGGCCUCCUCUCGCUCUGGGCCCGCAGGAAGGACGGCAUCUUCACCCGGUCCGAUCUCAUACAGGAGAGCACCGGCCGCACCAUCACCGCCCUAGAGUUCACGCAAGACGGGGACCUCAUCACGGGGGACAUGGAGGGCGUGGUGACCGUGUGGAGCGUGGACGAGGACGGAGAGUACUACGUCAAGAAGGAGUUCCAGGCCCACACGAGCGCCAUUAAUGCACUGCAGAUGCUAAGCGAGGGCACCGUGCUGUCAGGAGGGGACAAGGACCGUAAGGUUAUCGCCUGGGACUGUGAGGAAGACUUUGAGAAGAUCACGGAGACUCGGCUUCCGGAGCAGGCUGGGGGCGUGCGGUCCAUCUACCCACAACGACCGGGGCACAACGACGGGAAUGUCUACGUUGGAACCACCAGGAACAUGAUACUCGAAGGCUCCCUACAGCGACGAUUCAACCAGGUGGUGUUCGGGCACAGUAAGCAGCUCUGGGGCCUCUCUGUCAACCACACGGACGGGUCGGUGUCCACGGCGGGGUACGACAAGCACAUAGUCAAGUGGCGUGACACACACCUGGAGUGGCGCGUGCAGGCCCAGAGUGAGUGUGUGAGCGUGGCGGUGCACCCUCAAGGAGCCAGGAUAGCGGCGGGCACCAUCGACGGGCAUCUGGUGGUGGUGAACGGUCUGACGGGGCAGCGAGUUACUACACUACGGGUCUGCGGGUCACCACUCUCCUGCCUGGCCUACAAUCCUGGAGGGGAACUACUUGCCGUGGGGUCUCAGAACGGCUCCGUGUACCUUUACCGGAGCACCAAGGACGGUUAUGUUUACACCAGGAGUGGCAAGAUGUCUGGGGGUCAGCCUCUCUCGACCAUCGACUGGAGUACCUCGGGGCGUUACCUGCAGACCCUCACCGCCGACUACGAUGUGGUCUACUGGAGCCUCGUGGACUUAGCGAAGGUCAAGAACCACCAGGAUGUGCGCAACGAGACCUGGGCGACCCACACCUCGCCGCUGGGCUUCAUGGUGCACGGUAUAUGGAGCGGCGGGAGGGACGCGCCGGUGCAGGUGACGGUGGACCGGGGCCCACGCGGGGACGUGCUGGUGGCGGGCGACACCGAGGGCUUCAUAAGACUGUACAGAUACCCGGUGUUGAGUGCCACGUCUGGCUACCACGAGUACAAGGUCUACACCUCGUACGUGUCAUCGCUGCGCUUCUCCCACACCGACAACUACUUAUACAGCAUCGGGGGCACGGACGCCGCCCUCAUGCGAUGGCGGGUCUCCUAGUCGCCGUCUCUCCUGCCAUCCCUUCACGUACUCUUGUGACUCGGGUUGUUGCUGUUGCUGAGAAGACUAGCGGUCGGCAGCAGUUUGGGGUCCUGUGGGUCUCAGAACUAGCGUUCCUGCCCCGCUAUAAGCACCGCCUCGCAGCCGGCUGUGUGGCGUCUCCUCUGCGGCUCAUGGGUGGCGUAUGGUAGUACAGCGGCUCCAGGCCGUGUUCCCGCCGCCCCCUCACACACCCGCUUGGGCAGUGACUCUAAUGCUGAUAAUUUAGACCAAGAUUUAGACAGCCACGGCGCGGCCCAAACUUCUGCCGUGUUCAUUUAGUGGACGUUACCUUCAGCGCAGCCUGACGCCUUUGACGCAAUAACUGCCGGCAACCACUGCUAUAGAGUUAAUUGUUAUCAUCAGCCAUGAUUGUUUUUUGGAGAGAGAG